AUGAAUGAUUCAUCUUCUUGGUCACCCGCUCAACAGUUUUGUGCAUUCGACUUCGCAGUCACAGGAGACAAAAAUUUUGCUCAAUCGUCACUACAAGCAGCUCAGGUGUUGACCGAGCUGAAGAAUACUAUUGACCAUAAUCCUCCUGAAUUUGACUCAGCAUUACCACUAGAACGUAGCGUUCGCGAAGGUGAUUUUGUACAGAUUACCUUUACUGCUAAUAACGCUCAGCCAUCAUUGAUUACGUACAAUGUCACAAAUAAACCACCUACAUCAUCCUUUGAUGAAACGACAGGUUUAUUCGAGUGGCACGUACCAAAGAUAGCAGGCAGAUCGUCUGCAAGCAGCAAGCAAGCAAUGAUUGUUCAAGCUAAGGAUGCUUUAUCUAACAUGACAUCGACUCAUGAUGUCUUAUUUAAUAUUGAACCGAAAUUAGUGUCUAAGGCAGUAAAGAAGAGUACUAAAUGGGUGAUAAUAAUUAUUAUGAUUAUUUUGGAAACAUUCGAAUGUUGA